AAGGAAAGGGUUGGCACAAGGCAGCAUCUUCAAUCCUAAUAAUGAGACUGUAGGCUGAAAAUUCUGCUUAGACGCAGUGAUCUAGUCUAUGCUUCUAAAAGUGUAAGGGUUAUUGAAUUGUUUGAGCAAACAAAAUUGGUACACUGGUGACCUGAGGAUUGCAGAGUUCUUCAGAAGCAGCAUAGUGUCUUUAUUUGUUCAGUAAUGGAGAAUUAAUUUAGAAGCAAUUAUGCGGCUGGCUGUAGUCAGCAGUGGCAAAGAGCAAAUAGAUAGCAGACGGUGCGACUCAUUCAUGCACGAGAACAGGGAUUUAACAGGAUGAGCCACCCAGCAGCCUGGAACACAAUGGUGAUCGCUAAGUCUGGAGUCCGUUAAGAGUAAACAGUUGAUUGAAUCGGGCUUGUGUGACGAAAAGAUAAGCUGUGUGAAAUCAAACUGACGUUACGGUUCUAUGCGUGUCAGUCUCCGGAAGAAACACAAGGACCAAGGUCAUCAUGACGGCUUCCAAUCAUCGCCAGCUGGCUCCGGCUCGGUGCAGGAGCCCCUUUAACAACAUCAAGUUUUUUGUCUUCUGCCACGGCCUUCUCCAGCUGGGUCACCUUCUGUUGUCUGGCUACCUCAAGAGCUCCGUCUCCACUAUCGAGAGGAGAUAUGGCUUCUCCAGCCGGACCUCAGGCCUUCUAGUGGCCUUCAACGAGGUGGGGAACACGGUGCUGAUCGUGUUUGUCAGCUUCUUGGGGAGCCGGGUGCACCGCCCUAGGUUCAUCGGCGCCGGCGGGAUUAUCGCCGGUCUGGCGGGCCUCCUGCUGGCCCUGCCGCACUUCCUCAGCGGGCCCUACAAGUACAGCAACAUAGACAAUACUACAGAACUUUGCCUCAUCGGAAGCAGCUCUCACAAGGAACCGCAGAACUGCACGCAGAGGGAAGGCCAGGACCACCAGGCGGUAUUGCCCAUCAUGCUCCUGGGCCAGCUCCUGCUGGGCAUUGGCUGUGUACCCAUACAACCCUUCGGCAUCUCCUACAUAGACGACUACGCCGGCAAGAACAACUCCCCAUUGUAUCUCGGCAUAGUCUUAGCCAUAACGACGGCGGGUCCUGCAGCCGGGUUCAUUCUGGGGUCCCUGAUGCAACGUCUCUACGUGGACAUCGACAAGCCUGGUACGGUGGCGAGGUUGACCAACAAUGAUCCCCGCUGGGUGGGUGCCUGGUGGCUGGGCUUCCUCGUUGCCGCUGGCUUCCUCUUCCUCGUCUCCAUACCCUACUUGUUCUUCCCUCGCGAGAUGCCGAAGGAGGAAACCGCGGCGACCGAGCUGGAGCCGGAAGUGGAGCGCAAGGUCAAAGAGGAAGUGCCGAAAUCUGACCCGCUGAUGGACCUCUCGCUCGGCCAGUUCCUCAGAAGUUUUCCUAAAAUAGUACUGAGGACUCUGAAGAACCCGAUCUUCCUUCUGGUUGUUUUGGCACAAGUUAACCUAGCUGCCGUGGCUGCAGGUGUGGCAACAUUCAUGGCGAAGUUCAUCGAGAAGCAGUUCACAAAGACGACGUCCUUUUCAAGCAUCAUCAUAGGGGGCGUGAACAUUCCGGCGGCGACUCUGGGAGUCCUGCUGGGAGGGGCGGUGACGAAGAGGAUGCGCCUGUCCGUCAAGGGCAUGGGCCGGAUGUGCGCCGUCACCAUCGUCCUCGGCAUCCUCUUCGCAGUUCCCCUCCUCUUCCUCGGCUGUCCCACACAGAGCAUAGCGGGGAUUUACUCCCCCAGGCAGCAAGGACCCCUGAAGUGCAGCCAGAAUUGUGCCUGCGAGUUGGAAACCUUCGAUCCCGUGUGCGGCUCGAACGGGGUGGAGUACAGGUCACCGUGCAACGCCGGGUGCACCGUAAAAAUCGUGGAUUUCAGCAAGACGGUUAAAGUUGUGAAUUACACGGACUGCAGCUGCGUACCCGGGCCGGACGGGUCUCAGGGACACGCCGUUCACGGCAUGUGCGGCAGCCGCUGCUCCCACCUCUUCAUCCCCUUCAUCAUCAUGUCCACCCUCACCUGCUUCGUCCUGCCCAUCUUCCAGACCCCGUCCUUCAUGAUGAUCCUCAGGACAGUGAAGCCUGAGGAUAAGUCUUUUGCUGUUGGGGUGCAGUUCAUGCUCUUCAGAGUGCUGGCCUUUCUGCCAGCUCCGGUCAUAUACGGAAGUGCCAUCGACUCGGCGUGCAUCCUGUGGGGGAAGAAGUGCAAAAGCAAGACUUCCUGUCUUUACUACGACCUGGACAUGUUCCGACAGAGGUUCCUGGGCCUUCUGGCACUUUUCCUGUGUGGUGGGUUUUCCUGCAUACUGCUGGCCUACCUGGUCCUCCGACGGCAUCUCGCGAGGCAGCAGACUGAGCGGGAGAAAGGGGAAGACGCCACCGCGAACACUUCCAAAGUUCUGCUGAGUGAAAGGAAGGGCAGUCCAUAAGGUGUGCCAAGAUUAUUAUUAUUAUUAUUAUUGACAUGUACAGUAUAUAUGAUGAAGCUAUAUAUGAUUAAAGGUUUCAUUUAAAUAAGUAAAAAAUAUUAAUUAAUUAAUUAAUUAAUUAAUAAAUAAUAGUCAACAAUAAUAAUAAUAAUAAUAAUAAUAGUAGUUAUGUCACCCGCUGCCAAUGUGAAGACGCUUCCCAUCAGCUGAGGCUGAGAGGGGAAAAGCAAUGAGCCAGUUUAACUGGAAUACUAAGAGGCAGCCAAGUUUGGGGAUUUUUCUACUACAUUGAAGAGCACCCUGUUUUGUGUGAGCCAAGUGUAUCAUUGGAAAAUGGGGGGGGGGGGGGGGGGGGGUGCACAAGGAGACAAUCUUCCACAAACAUUGAAAGGUUCCUUUUUCCAUUAUCAUUGGCAUUCUGGGACACUGGAGGACUCUGGAUGAGUGGUUCUGGAUGAAAAUAGUGGGGUGCACCUCUUUACCUCAGAAAGAGUCAGGUGACUGGAGUGCAAAAAAAAAAAAAAAAAGAAGAUGAAAAAAUAAAGCUGUUUUUCGGCCAAUCCCUGAUUGAUUGUUUCAGCGUUCAGACUCACACCCUUAAUAAACCAUCAGAGUCUGAAGGGCGAAAAUCUGAGUGUCUUCUUUCAUUAACGUCAUAUAGGCGUGCCUUCACUAAUCACAUACCAUGAUAGCUGUAUUACCGCACAUAGCCAUUUCCUUCAACUUAAAGGGGAAUUGCAUUUUCAAACACAUAUGGGCUUAUUUUGUUUAUAUUGUCCUUCUAAUGAAUGUGUCGACCUUCAUUUUUCGAUUAGUUAUUUUGUUUUAAAGGUCUAAUGUUAGAAACAAGGACCUAUUUUUUUUUUUUUUAGCGCAAGUCCACAUAGUAGUAUGAUUACCGGUUUUUUCUUCUUCUUAAAAGAAAAGCAUAGCGUUGAAGUUGCGCAAUGACAUGCUGCCUAGGUCUACUUCCUGAAUUUGUAAAGGUAAGCAACAAAACAUCGUAAAAAAUAUUAACAAAAUGAAAUAACUAAUCAAAAAAUGAAGGUAGACACAUAUGUGUUUUAAAGUGUAAUUCCCUUUUAAUGUAACAGGCAUGCUUCCUUUUAUGUUUGCCACAGUUUGAUGUCAAACAAUUGUUGUUAUUCAGUUUCAGUACAGCGAGGUGAUUGUUUUUUUUUUUAUAUCGCAGAUAUAUCCAUUUGUAUUGGUGCGCACAGCAUGAGUGAAUGUCUGGACGAAAAUAGCCUAAACUUUUGUAUUGUAUUGUUUGAAAAUGUGAAGCACGGCAUGAUGUUCAUCUGUACUAUUGUUUUACUGUUUCAAAACCUCCUGUGUGUGAGUCUUAUAUUUGUCCCUUGCCUGUAAGCGACAAUAAGAGCACAACUCUGAACGCAGGUAUCCAAAUAUGUAACACUUUCACUGUAAAAUGCAUGUGUGUAUGUAUUAUGUACAGCUUUUUUUCCCUGGCCAGACAUGUGAAAAGCAUUGAAUCUGUGAACUUAGCGUCCACUAGAUGUAUCGUUCAGUGUCGUUCUCAUACUUAGCUCAUUCUUUGUCAAUAGCUUCUCGUUCUUUGGGCUUGUAGUCGCUUCCAAAGAUGUGAACUAUCGAGGCCCCCUGUGCUUAUUCUGCACGACCAAACAAAGUCUGGAUUUCGUCAUCAUUUGCCCUUAACUUUAACACACAAGUAAGUUUGAACAUUCAUUACACCCCCCCCUCCCCCCCUACUUCCUUAAGUGCAACUUGUAACUUCCUUACAAGUUUAAGUAGUUCUCAAAAAUAACUCGUCAGAGUGCUGGUGAACCCAAAAAAA